CGGGACGGGGUGUGCCCGGGGGCCGUGCAGCCUGGAGCCCUGGGCCGCCGCCUUCCGCGGUGCAGAACCUUCCCCGAGCGAUCAGGUCGCGGUUGAGUGGAACUUUCCAGAACAGCAGCUGCAGCAGCCAUGGCCCCGCCUUGGGUGCCCGCCGUGGGCUUCACAUUGGUGCCCAGCCUCGGGGGCUUCCUGGGAUCACACUACGUGUGUGGAGAAGGUCUCCGCUGGUAUGCCAGCCUGCAGAAGCCCGCCUGGCACCCGCCACGCUGGACGCUGGGGCCGGUGUGGGGGACCCUCUACUCGGCCAUGGGGUAUGGCUCCUAUAUGGUCUGGAAGGAGCUGGGGGGCUUCUCAGAGGAGGCCGUGGUGCCCCUGGGCCUCUACGCUGGGCAGCUGGCCCUGAAUUGGGCAUGGCCCCCGAUCUUCUUUGGCCAGCGGCAGAUGGGCUGGGCCCUGGCGGACCUUCUGCUGACUGGGGGCGCGGCGGUGGCCACGACGCUUGCCUGGCACCGGGUGAGCCCGCCUGCUGCCCGUCUGCUCUACCCAUACCUGGCCUGGCUCGUCUUCGCCACCGCUCUCAACUACCGCAUAUGGCAGGACAACCGUGGCUGGCAUGGGGGUCGCCGGCUCCCUGAGUGAGAGGACCAGAUCUCCCUCCCCGCCACUGACUGUGCCCCAGCAGUUCAGGGCUGGCGAAGAGCCCUUGCACCCAGUAGUCCGCACUGGAUGUGAGUGUGGCUAGAAAUCGCCAGCGCUGUUGGAAAAUAAAUUUCCUUACAAUUUGCCAUGG